CAAGAUGGAGAACACACUCUGCCUACUGCUGAUCUCAUUCAGCUUCAACUGUAUAAAAUGUCAAAGUAUGGAGUCUGUUGAAAGCACAGUUCAGAAAAAGCCUGGAGAUACUCUGACUCUUUCCUGUAGAGGAUCUGGAUUCAGCUUUGAUUGCUGUAGCAUGCACUGGAUCAGACAUCAAGUUGGAAAACCACUUGUGUGGAUGGGACGUGUUCAUCCAAGUGGUGGAAACCAUGAUUACUCCAAAUCUUUUGAAGGACGAAUUGAAAUCACCAGAGAUAAUUCAAACAGUAUGGCACAUUUGAAAUUGUCAGGACUGACAGCAGAAGACUCAGCCAUGUAUUACUGUGCAAAACAAGCACAGUGA